AUGACCCCCUUAUAUCCCGGGGAGUCCCUCGCCAAUGUCGCUGGUUUUCCUACAUUAUACCACUUCCAGCCCGCUCGCGUCGAAAAUGCCCGUAAGGGGAACCCACUCAUCGUCUGCGUGACAGGCGCCUUACAUCUCGCCCGCAUCUUCUAUGGCGGCCACUCUGGCUCGAAAAGCAGCGACUUUGUAAGCUACUGGCUAUCGGAGAAUGGAUAUGCAGUGUUGUCUCUGUCGUAUCCACUGGAAACAGAGCCCGAAAUCAUGCCACCCACUGCUGCGAGAUUCCGGAUCCCCGACUGGGGCAGGCAAGCGGCGGCGACAACCAGGAAGAUCAUCGAUGAAAAGGAUCUCGGAGACCCAUCGAUUGUUCUGAUCUCGUGGAGUAUGGGAGGUCGCAUCGUCGUGCCAUUUAACAUCGCAGCAAAAGAAUUGGGUCUCGACGUCCAGCAGUACAUCAGCUUCGCCGCGACCCCGGGGUUUUCCACCAUCCGACCACCUAUGCCAGGGUUGACCUGUACGGACUCGGGCUACUUCCAGGUCCCUCCCCGGCUGGACAAUUUCGAACGGCAAGUGUCUGAGAUGGAGGAGCUUAACGGUCACACUAUCAUUCCUCGCGACAUCUACCGCCGGGAGUACGUCGGGGCGACUCCUGUCAAUUUAAUCGGACUCGGACUGAAGUACGAUGAGACCGGGUUUGUUCGCGAUGAGAUCCCCCAUGAAGAGGACUCGCAGGUUCUCAACAUUGCGAAUCUCCCAUUCAUCACGGCUCUCUAUCCAACGAGCAUUCUCGACGCCAGUCAUGCCAUGACGGACCGUGCAGGCUGGGGGUUCCUCAUGACUUACAGUCUAGAGUCAUUUAUAGGGAAGCAGGGACUGCGAAACGCAAAUGAAUCUUCAAGUUGGCAAUCAUUGCUAGAGCUUGUCCACUCUGCGCCGACAGAGCUGUGUCUGCCUGUGCCUGGGAAUCAUUUCUUCUUCAUUGGAGAGCAGUCUGCGCGAAACACUGCAGAGAUGGUUGAUAAACUCAUUGGGCGAGCAUAUAACUUCCAGACUCAGCUAUUUCAGCUCAUAGCAUAG